AUACGGAGGACUGCCUGUGCCUGCGUAGAUUUCUUGACCCGCUUCACGAUUCCUGCAUUCGCUCAUUCACCUUCAAGUCCUGCAACCCCAUUGUAUCGGAUCGCAUCGCAUCACAUCGCCAAUCCCAAUCAAUAUCCCACCCUCCUCUCCUCUCCCGCGGGUAUCGCCCCUCCGCUCUCUCCCUUAAUCCUUUUCCUAUGUUUCGUUAAGGUCCUCCCAGCACGAUGCAUUCCCGCACCCUGCUGAGCUUGCUGCUCCUCACUCCCUCCACACUACACGCCGCCCCGCACCACCCGACCUCUGAACUCGCUCACGAUCUUCCUCUUCAGCCCCUCAAGGAAAGCCCUCGGCCCUGGCGCAAGCUAUCUGACGCCGUAAUCCGAAAGAUAUGGGGCGAAUCGCACACCCAAGCCAACUUGCGACCUAGCAGUGGCAACUCUCAGGAGCAGGAUGAUACCUUGGGAAAGCAGACGAUUGCACAGUACGGGGAUGACAUGGUGUUGCGAUUCACCAUCAGCACACCCGAGGAAGCUCAAUCUCUAGCAGACGCGGCCGACAUCUUGUUCCUGGACAUAUGGGAGUUCAAUGAGGACUGGGUCGAUGUGCGGAUAGCACAGGAUGUGCUUCCUUCUCUCCUAAACCUCCUCCCGGAUUCACUCCAAAAAUCCCACGUACCACUCAUGCAAAACCUAGAGCUCGCACAAGCCAUCUUCGAUUCAUAUCCUUCGGCUUCCGCGCAAUCCCACGAUAACGACCGCGCCUUCUCAUCUCAUCUCAAAACCACUUCUCCCUCCAGAUCCAAGGGCCACCCCUUCUUCCAGGACUAUCAGCCUCUGUCCGUCAUCUCUCCUUGGAUGAGUCUGAUGUCUUCCAUGUUCACUACCCAUGUGCGCAAGAUCAACGUUGGUAUCACCUACGAAGGCCGAGACAUUCCCGCUUUGCGCGUUGGAGUCCACCCCACGAACAACGACGAGCCAACCCCACCUCGCAGGACUGUGCUGAUCACAGGCGGAUCUCAUGCCCGCGAAUGGAUUUCCACGAGCACGGUCAACUACAUUGCAUGGAGCCUUAUCAAUUCGUAUGGAAAGAUAUACACCGUAACUAAAUUGCUUGAGAACUUCGAUUUCGUCUUCGUUCCAACGCUCAAUCCUGAUGGUUAUGCCUAUACCUGGGAGACAGAUCGUUUGUGGAGGAAGAACAGACAGCCAACGAGUCUCCGCUUUUGCCAUGGCAUAGAUCUUGACCGAAGCUAUCCUUUUGAAUGGGAUGGCAAUACAUCCCGAUCGAACCCUUGCAGCGAAUCAUAUGCUGGAGAUGAACCCUUCCAUGGCGUGGAGUCUCAACGGUUCGCCGAAUGGGCAAAGAACGAAACCGACAAUAGCAAUGUCGAAUUCGUUGCGUUUCUCGACCUCCACUCUUACUCACAGCAGAUCCUAUACCCAUACUCAUACACGUGCAAUAUAGAGCCUCCGACGAUCGAGGAUCUGGAAGAGCUCGCUCUCGGUCUGGCCAAGGCCAUCCGUGUGUCGAAGAAAGGACAUCAGUACAAGGUCACAUCAGCUUGCGAAGGAAAUGUCGCCAUAACAACCAAAGACUCCAAAGGCAAGAAGGACCGUGUCAUCUUCCCCCGGAUCGAGUCCAGCGGAGGAAGUGCUCUCGAUUGGUUCUACCACGAGCUGAGGGUCAAAUACGCAUAUCAAGUCAAGCUUCGGGACACCGGUAGUUACGGCUUCCUGCUCCCCAAAGACAACAUCAUCCCCACUGGUGAAGAAAUGCUUGACGCUAUUUUGUACUUUGGUCGUUUCAUGCUUGGCGAAGUUGGCUUUGCAGCAGAAGCAGAGACGGAUCCAGAAGGCUUGUUGAAGCCGAUGGACACAACUGAAGACGUGGACGUGCCAGAAGGUGAAGAGAAUUUGGAACUAUGAUAACGAUUAUCGGGUAAUGAUUUCUGAGUGUAAUGGGGCGCAUGCGUGUAUUGAUACCUGGUUAGGACGUUCGUGUACAUACUUUUGACACAAGACUGCGGCAUGAGUAGUAUCUCAAUGACCCUAAUUUCAACACCACGACCUCUUGUUCUCUUGAAUAG